UCCAGGAGGAUGGUCUGGUUUCCCGUUUCGAUAGCGGCGCUGGCGCUGCUUUGCCUGGCCAGUAGAGGAGCAGUAGGAGGCAGUCGAGGAGUCUACCCCAGCGAAGGAGGAGGCUACGAGGAGAUGGAGGAUCAGGAGCAAGAGCAAGAGCAGCCGGACCGCAGUACUUCCAAGAUGCUCAGCGCUCUUUUCGGAUUCGGCCAGAGCACGCCACAUCCCACAGAGACUUCGGUGGCCAUGCCCCACCAGCUGCAGCUGCCGGUGAUGUACUACAACGAUUUCUACGAGGAUCUGCUGGCCACCAAGCGCAACGACGUCCACUCUGCCGGAUGCGAUUGCAAAGUUACGAACGAACUCCUCGACCUGGGCAACCUUCACUUUCCGCGCUAUCUGAUGAACGCCGUGUGCGAGUCUCGUCCCGCCCAGGGCGCCAAGUGCACACACGGCUCCAACUGCAGGCCUCUCGAGUACAAGGUGAAGGUGCUGGCCCAAGGCUCGGUGCCCGAUCGUGCUGCCUCCUGGCUGAACAAGGAAAUGACAGCGGCCCAGUUGUGGCAGUUUAAGACGGUCACCGUCACCGCCGGUUGCUUCUGUGCCAAGUAAAUGACGGGCUGUAGAUGUGAAAUAGUCGUAUAUUAAUUA